GCCGAGGCUCGGAAACGGCUCUGCGGGGCCGGAGUGAGUGAUGGUCUGUCCGCUAAGGGAGAAGAGCCGCUGAGACCAGGUGUACGAGCAGCACGCGCACAGGUGAUAGUGUUCCAGGAUGAUCCGUCUGGUUCUUGUGUUCUUUGUCCUCUGCGUGGUCUGCAGCAGCAGUAAACCCACAGAGAGGAAGAAUCGGGUUCAUCAUGAAGAGCCUCUGAGUGAACUUGAGCACAACGACAAUAAAAACUUUGACUACGACCACGAAGCUUUUCUGGGAAGAGAUGAAGCUAAAACCUUCGACCAGCUUCCUCCAGAGGAAAGCAAACGCAGACUUGGCAUCAUCGUGAAUAAAAUUGACAUUAACCACGAUGGUUUCGUGUCUGAGGAGGAGCUGAAAGUUUGGAUCAAAAAUGCUCAGAGGAAACACAUUUAUGAGAGCGUGGAGCAUCAGUGGAAAGACUUUGACCUGAACGGCGAUGGUCAGAUCAGCUGGGAUGAGUAUAAGAACGUCACGUACGGCAGUUAUCUGGACGACCCUCAGACAGAAUCAGAGUAUAACUACACCCACAUGAUGUGGAGGGACGAGAGGCGAUUCAGAGUCGCAGACAGGAACGGAGACCUCAUUGCAGACAAGAAAGAGUUUACUGCUUUUCUUCAUCCUGAAGAACACGAAUACAUGAAGGACAUCGUAGUGCAGGAAACAAUCGAAGAUAUUGACAAGAAUGGAGAUGGCUUCAUUGACCUGAAGGAGUACAUCGGUGACAUGUACACUUCAGAUGACGGUGAGAAAGAACCGGAGUGGGUGGCGACUGAACGUCAGCAGUUUUCUGAGUUCAGAGACAAAAACAAUGAUGGGAAGAUGGACAAAGAGGAGACAAUGGACUGGAUUCUUCCAUCUGACUACGACCACGCUGAAGCUGAAGCCAGACACCUGCUGCAUGAGUCUGACACCAACCAGGAUGGAAAACUAAGCAAGAAGGAAAUCCUUGACAAAUAUGACGUGUUUGUUGGAAGUCAGGUGACUGACUUCGGCGAGGCGUUACUACGACAUGACGAGUUCUAGUAAAUCAUGAUUGACACAUUACUAGAACAAACUUUUUCUAAUUUAAGGUGGAAAACCUUUUGGAGAAUAAUUUAUUUUUAGAGCCAACAGAAGAAAAAAAAUGUUUGCGUUCAGCAGGUACUGUCUGAUUGCUUGGGUUUGUUAGGUCAGACUUUAUGUAUUUUGUUCUUUUUCAUAUUUGAUCUGUUCCUUGUGUUUUUAUUGGAUGAUAGUACAGAAGCACAAAACAUUAACUGCUUUCCUGAUUUAAUCCCAACUCGAUUUCACUUUGAUCCAGUUUUAUUUUGGU